UCUGGAGGUUGGAGCUGUCUAGUCACCAUGAAGCUGGUCCUGACACUGCUGGGGGCGCUGGUGGCGGCAACCUCCGCCAGGAUGGCCGGCAAGUUGCCUGGUGGCUUCCGCAUUGAGUCCGGCUUCUCCUGCCAGGGACGCGAGUAUGGCUACUACGCCGACGUUCAGAACCGCUGCUCCGCCUACCACAUCUGUAACCCCGUGUACGACGACGAGGAGAAGUUCGUGGAGCUGGCACACUUCUCCUUCCUGUGUGGGCCCGGGACCAUCUUCGACCAGAAGCUGCUGGCCUGCACCCACCCGAAGAAGGCCUACCCCUGUGCCGAGGCUGAGACCAUAUACGACUCCUCCAACUACCAGCUGCGAGCCGAGUGGGAAGACUACAAGCUUAAGAUUGCUGCAGCUCAAUUAUCUUAAGUCACCCUUGCGAACCGAAUAGAAAACGAGGCGCCUCUGCAACAUGUCCUUCCCCUUUUCAUAAACAUUAUGUCGA